AUGCAUGCGAAAUACGAGCCUAGAAAGAUCGUUCUGUGGCCACUCAAAGGCAAUGUGGAUUUCAACUACUACUGGCCUAAUGGUGCCUGGGACCUCGUGAACACCAGCGUUACCUCAGAGAUUUACGGCUACAUAGUGAGUUUCAAGAUCGAGGUGGAAAGGAAGCCGCAAUUUGCGAUAGUUAAUGUGAUACUUCCGCUGAUUAUCAUGUCCGCGCUGAAUAUCCUGGUGUUCCUGAUCCCUACGGAUUGUGGGGAGCGCAUCUCCUUCUGCUUAACGGUUCUGCUUUCCAUCGCGGUCUUCCUGACGCUUGUGGGAGACAACCUCCCGAAGAACUCGAGGCCGAUGUCGGUGUUCAGCUACUACCUGGUGUCAGUGCUCAUCAUCAGCGUCGCCAUCUCGCUCGCCGUCAUAUGCAGCCUUCACACGUACCACCGAGGUGAGAAGCAACAUCCUGGGGCCGCGUGGAGGGCUGUCGCCAGGCGUUUAGGCUGCUACUGUGCGCGGCGGUCAGGGCCAGAGAAAGCGUACAGGGUUACCGGUAUUCCGGGUGUUGAUUACAAACUUGCUCGGCCGGAAAACGCUACCCCUCGGGCUUCGCUCGGCAUGCAUUUAGUGCCAUACCCGAUGCGCAAUCAUCGUGGUGUAUUCCUGAACCGCAACACACAUGUUAAAGGGACUCUGUCUUCAGAUCAUUCGGAGGACUCAACAUUUCACGAGGAAGAUUUGCAUGAAGGUGAUAGCUCAGUAAUGGAAAUCAAAUGGUCAGAAGUGAGCAUUGCCUUGGAUAAAGUAUUUUUCGUCUUUUUCAGUCUUAUUCUAACGACUGACACGCUGUGCUUUUUCAUGGUCAUUUACAACAAUGUAACUCUAUGA